AUGGCGAAUUUCAUUGGUAUUUCCCCUGGCCAACUUAACCCACACGCUUGGAGGGUGUUGAUCACCAUCCAAGUAUUUAGCGAGAUUUAUUCUGUGAGUUUAGGAUUGGAGGAGGUUCUCUUUGUCUACUUCUUCAAAUGCUAUGAUUCUGUUAACUACCGAUACUUGAUCCAGAAGAGACGUCCAGAUUCAAGUCCUUUGGUAUACGACCUAGACAGGCAGGUGAGGUACAAGACUCCAUACGAGAAACAAUGGCAUAAAAAAUUCGUCUUUAUGCGUCUAGGUCGUGAUCCUGCUAUCGAGUGUGAUAAGUUCCCUGAAGGCGUAAACGGUGUCACAAGAGCUUUUGAUUUCACCAAAGAGCAACGUGAAGUACUUUUUUUAACUAGUUUUUUCGCACUAGAGAAGAGUUCCAUUUGGGGUUACGAGAUGUCAAUUCUUGAUGCUGUACCAGGAGAUGGUUCAAUCAGAGACGAUGCUUUGCAAUUGUUUCGCGAGGCCAUGUCUGACAUUCCAGCGAGUAUCACUGCACCGCCGCUGCAGACAUUACAGCCAUCCUCACAAGUUGGUCCUAAGCGUAGCGCAACAACAGCUAACUUAACCCGCCAACCUGCUAGGACUGCCAAGAGAAAGUUCUGUGUUUGUCUAGGCGGUAGCUUGUUGACUGCGAGUGACCACUCUAUCGCCUUAGGUAAUCUAAGAAAACAAGUUUUCCCACGCGACCGAGAAGCUUUGAAUGAACUAGGACAUGCUGCUAUACUUGAGAAGUCACAACAUCAUCUCUUGGAGGUUGCUCGUCUCAAAGAGGCUAACCAACUCCUAAAGAAAGACAAAGAGGCAGAGAUCUUACGUCGGGAUUCUCUUAUUACCGCUAAGGAGGCAGAAGGUGAAGCCUUGAAAGAUCAAGUUUACGACCUUACUAGCUAG